CGAUUUUCCCCUUUCGACCAAGCGGCAGGAAGCAGCAAUGUCUGGAGACGGCUACGAUCGCCACAUUACCAUCUUCUCGCCGGAUGGGCGCCUGUACCAGAUCGAGUACGCGUUCAAGGCCGUGAAGGAAAGCAGCCUCACGUCCGUGGCCGUGCGCGGUGCCAAGAGCUGCGUGGUCGUGACACAGAAGAAGGUUCCGGACAAAUUGAUCGACCCGGACUCGGUCACCAACAUCUUCAAGAUCACGCCGUUGAUCGGGUGCUUGAUGACGGGUCUCUACGCUGAUGCCAAGGCCCAAGUCCAGCGCUUGCGGUACGAAGCGCACGACUUUGAGCACAAGUAUGGCUACCCCGUGCCCUGCCACGUGCUCGCGAAGCGCCUCGCCGACAUUUCGCAGGUCUACACGCAGCAUGCCUCAAUGCGCGCCUUGGGUGUCGUGACCAUGCUCAUCAGCGUCGACGAGGAGAAGGGCCCGCAGCUGUACAAGAUCGACCCGGCUGGCCACUUCUGGGGCUACAAGGCCACGGCGGCUGGUGUCAAGGACCAAGAAGCGACCAACUACCUCGAGAAGAAGAUCAAGGCCAAUGCGGCGAUGGACCACGAGACGACGGUGCACACCGCAAUCACGUGCUUGCAGUCGGUCUUGUCGGCCGACUUCAAGCCGAGCGAGAUCGAAGUUGGUAUCAUUGUCGAAGGCGAACGCUUCCGGAAGUUGACCGAAAACGAGAUUGACGGCUACUUGACGGCUAUCAGCGAGCGGGACUAAAGCUUGCUCCGCUACGUGGCACGCAUUGCAUUAAUUCCAGUAACAAGCCUUUGCUUGCGCUGCGCC